AAUGUUCCAUGUUCGGUGGUUGUAUUAUUUUUUUUUAAAAAAAUUGCCUUACGAAAUCUCUUGCUCGUUCCUCUAAUAUUUUUUUUUUUUCAGAUUAAACAGGAAAAAAAAGAUGUGGGGUUUUCAGUUCUUGAUGUAAAUUGUAAGUUUGCACAUUUUUUUUAAUUAUAUUUUUUCAGUUUAAAGAAAAAAAAUGAAGAAGUUGGGUUUUGAGUUCUUGAACUAAAUUGCAAGUUUGCACAAUUUUUUAAAAUUAUAUUUUUUCAGCUUAAAGAAAAAAAAAUGAAGAAGUUGGGUUUUGAGUUCUUGAAGUAAAAUUGUAAGUUUGCACUUUUUUUUUUUUUUGUGAGUUUCCAAGUUGAGUAUAUGAUUAUACAUUUUGGUUUAAAGUGUUUGUUUCCAUUUGAGUUCUCGGUGUAAAUUGUGAGUUUGCACAAUUUUUUUUUUCUUUUUUUUUUUUUGAGUUUGUUAGGUGAGUAUAUUUUUUAUUAUACAUUGUCUUAAAAGUGUUUGUUUCGAUUUGUGUUUACUUUUUACGGGGUUUUCUUGAUUUUCUAUGAUUGAAUCUUUUAUAAAAAUGUUCCAAGUUUGAUGAAGAAGGAAAGUCUUAAAGGUUCUUUAUGAGAAACCCAAGCUGGAAAUCUCAUAAAGAGCAAAUCAGUUAUUUGGUUUUUUAUUGAGGUUCCAGAAUCUUGAUACAUUGUCUGAAUUUGUUGCCGGUGCAUAUUGGAAAAAUUCCCGGAUAUAAGAAGAUAUGGCCAUGGCAUUUACCCCCUUGUCGUGGUUGCUUUGGAGUGGAAAGCAUCAAGAACCCAAAAUUUCCAAUGGCUCUUCUUUAAAUCCAUUACCUGAUUCGGUUUUGUGGGAAACGGAUACUUUGAAGUUUCCUCUAGACCGCAGGAGGAACAUGGCUUCCUCGUCAAGAAGGGGUAAGAGAAAAUGGCAGAGUCGUGAGGAACGAAAGAUUGACAGGGAAUAUGAUAUUGUUAUUGUGCCAUCAGAUGGUGGAUGUGUUUCGGGGUCUGAGUCUGAGGAUUCAGAUUGGUCAGUCGGAUGGUUGGAGCCUCAUGGUCCUGGAUUCAAUAGUGAUGAUGAUUUGGAUGAUAGCUUUGCUGUGAUUGUUCCUUGCUAUGGCUAUGGCUGUAUAAAUGUGGAGGAAAAUGCACAAGACAAGCUGCUGCAAGCCAUGGGAAAUUUGAAGGAUAUAUAUGCUACUGAGAAUAAGAAGUACAUGGAGCACUGGGUGGCAUCUCUGAGUAAUCACUGAAAUUCAGCAACGCCUACGAUGCUGAUCGAAACUUGUUUUCUGCUGCUCCUCCUGAUUCUUUGUUGCAGUGGAUCAAACUUGAGCUGUGUUGUUAGUUAUUUAUUAGUAAAAGCUUAGAUAUGAACUCUGUAAAAACAUAAGAAAAAGGAAAAAGAAAAAUACAAAAGCCACAUAAACGAAAAAAAAAAAAAAGGAACCUUCCUUGGGUACUUCGCGAAUCAUAUGUUUCUUGAAUAUCUGAUCUCCAGAAUUGGAUCCGAAGAUGUGACCUCUACUUUCAUCCUUCUUGAACAUUGGUGUAAAUUUUCAAUGCAAAGUGACUGAAAGGAGAAGGAAAGAAAUGCAUGCUGGAGAACACAAUUCUUAAGAGGAUCAAAAAGGGGAAGGCAUGACCACAUGUUAUGCUUUCAUCAUUCUUUGAUGUAAAUAUCUGUGAAUAUGUAAAUAGGUUCCUGUAGUUGUAAAUACGUCGCUUGAAUGUUCAUCUAGUUGUAGUUCGGCUCUUCCCCCGACCCUACUCAUAGCGGGAGCUUUAGUGCACCGAGCUGCCCUUUGAAGUACUAUAAAUACCUGUGAAUCUGUAAAUAUGUUCAUCUAUUUGUAAAUACGUCAGUCUGAAUGUUCAUCUAGUUGUAAAUAUAUCGCUUGAAGCGCUGUAAAUAUGUCGCUUGAAGCACUGUAAAUAUCUCUGAAUAUAUAAAUAUGUCAUCUAGUUGUAAAUA